CAUUAUUUUAUCAUGCGACUGUACAACGCAGUAGUAAACAGUGUUUACUAAACACGAACACGUUGAAAUGUGGUAUGGUAUGGCCACGGCAAGGCCAAGCGUUUUUAGAGUUUCUUAUGAACGAUGUCGCAAACAAUGCACGAUAUUAAUGUAUUGUACAGUUGAUAUUAAAUUGAUGAAGGUGUACAAACCUUGUUAAAUAUUCAAACGAACUUUGUGGAAUGUUGAUAUUGUUUUUAUAAAAACAACUGAUGUAUUGACCGGCUAUUUCGUUCUUGUGUAUUUAUUGAAGAAAAUACAUUUUAGAACGAGUAUUAUUCAGUAAAUAAACGAGCUUUUGCAUGGUUUGAUGUCAUGUUACUACUAUAAUAUAAAUUUACAUUCAAGAUGUUUAUUUCCUUUGCUUGUCGGUUUUGUACUUUUAGAGACAGUAUUAAACAGAAUGUGCUUAUCUACAGAAUGUAUAUUGGUCAUCGAAAGGAAAAGGAAAGUUUGAGGGCUGUACAUAAUGCAUUCAGGGUUUUAUCAUCCUACACCAUUGCAAAUCGAGUGAUUCUGUGUUCAAUGUCUGAUGUGAUUGCCAAUUUUGGUCAGUGGGCAUCAACUAGACGAGAUAUAUUUUCAGAAGAGUUAUGUUUUUAUUUAGCAAAAUUGCAACGAAAAACUACUCCCCAUUCAUGGUAUUACACAGAAAAGUGUUUGGAAAAUGCUUAUGGAUCUAAAUGGAGAGAUAUAUUUGUUGGAUUUGACAACAGGGGACAACCUAUAGGUUCGGGAUGCUGUGCUCAGGUGUACAAAGCUUGGAUAAAAAAAGAAAAUAUUCCAAAAUGCUCAUCAAAUAAAGAGAAACACAUGGAAUUGAAGAAUUUCUCUUUUGUAGAAGCAUUUCAUCAAGGAAUGGGAAAUGUAAUUCCUGUUGCUGUUAAAGUACAACAUCCUCAAAUGGAAAAAAGAUUCAGGCAGGAUCUUAAUAUUUUGAAAUUUCUUGCCAAUACAAUUACCUGGCUACUUCCAAGUUUAAGGUGGCUUAGUCUUUGUGAAUGUGUGGAUGAUUUUUCCCAAGUGAUGAAAAGUCAGGUUAACUUUUUCACAGAAGCUGAAAAUUUGAAGCAGUUUGCUGACCAUUUUAAAAAUUCCAGCUCCAUCCAGUUUCCAACUCCAUUUGAUUCAUUAACAAGAUCAUAUAUUUUGAUAGAAACAUUUGAAGAAGGAAAACAUAUUGAUGAUUUUAUUGCUUUGGAUUUGAAUAAACAAACAAAGAAAGAUUUGGCUGUCUUGGGAGUGAAUACUGUAUUGAAAAUGGUAUUUGAAGACAAUUUUUUUCAUGGAGAUUUGCAUCCUGGAAAUAUGUUAGUUCAGGAAAAAAUUAUAAGUAACCACCUGUGGAAAAUACCAUUUCACCCUGUGUUUAAAACAACCAUGGAACCAACUUUAGUGAUAUUGGAUUGUGGUAUAGUUGCAAGUUUGGAUGAAAGGGGCAAGAAGUGUUUGAAAGAUGUUUUUGCAGCUGUUGCAAGAGCUGAUGGAGAAAGGGUUGCAGAAUUGUUUCUGCUUCAUUCAAACCAUGAAUGCCAUGACAUCCAAAGUUUCAAAGAAGCAAUGAAGGAAAUCGUGGAAAAGGCUUUAAGUAAACAGGUGACUUUGCAUCAGGUGGAUGUUUCAGUGCUGAUGAACUCUCUUUUUUCAACAAUGAUUACUCACAAAGUGAAAGUGGAUAGUAGUUUUUCAUCUGUAAUUUUAGCAAUAAUGGUGAUUGAGGGAUUAGGAAGGUCUUUGGAUCCUUCAAUUGAUAUUUUAGAAAGAGCUAAACCUUUCCUUUUUGCACUAUAAUUUUGUCAAUUUCCUAUUCAUUUUCAAAGUUUGAAUAACAGUUUCAUAAUUAUUUAACUAUAGGGAAAUAUAGACUUGGGUAGUACUAAGGGGAUAUUCAUGUUCAUGUGUUACAAACAUUAAUAAAAAACUUGAGUCUUCAGUCCA